AGUGGACCAGCUUCACUGACCAGCAUGCAGUAGCUGGGGGUGGAUGUAGCCAGUUGGUGAAAGGGCCGUGAAUAAAUACACUCCUUAGAGGAGGCGGCCACAACCAGAAAAGGGAAAAGUAGGGAGACCCCCUAGAAUCACACCAUAUCUCCAGGCUACAGAGAUCAGUCCCCCAGGGCAAAAGGGCUGCUCUGGAGGGAGGACUCUAUGGCCUUAUGCUCCACUGAGGUCUCUCCCCUCCCCACAACCCGCUCCCUCAAGACGGUUGCCCUAAUUCUCCAGAUAUUUGCCGACCUGGAGUUGGCAACCUUUCUUCAUCUACCUUUCCAGUGCAUCAUUGUCAAAGGAAGGAUUUGGCCUGUGAGACCACAUGGUCCAUGCACUGAUUCACACAGAAUGCAAGAAUGUGGCAGGAUGUGUAUUGCUCUUGGACUUCUGGUCUUACUCACAGAUCAGAAAAAGAAUGCCUCUUCUGAAGCCAAGCAUCUCUUCCAGAUCAUAAUUUACGUGGUGUCCUUUUUGCUACCUGAUAUGGACCUAAAGGACCCUGCGACUCUUGCGUCCAUCUCAAACAGCAUGAUACGGUCUCCUGUGCCACGCCCACUGAAGACAUUGUAUCGGGGUGAACCGAUGGCCCUGGGGAUCACGCAGAUCCUGAUUGGCAUCCUGGAAAUAUCUUUUGGGCUUGUGGUAGCCAUAGCAAAAAGUUCUCCAUACUAUGCCGGUGGACACCAUCUCACUAAUCCAUAUUGGCUGGGAAUCCUGUUCAUCAUUUCUGGAUCCCUUUCUGUGGCAGCUGCCAAGGACCCCAAGGUGCCACUGGUGAAAGGAAUGCUGGCAAUGAAUGUUGUGAGUUCCGUGGCAGCGGGCAUUGCGAUUGUGAUAUUCUCUAUUUCACUAGAGCAUAUCUACUACUUCUACUACAGGUGCACCUCAUACUAUCUCAGCACCAUGCCACCUGACAUUUGCCAUGAAUAUAUCACCAUCCCUCAAAAUUUGAUGCACGCAAUAUCUGCUGUCCUGCUGACAGUCACAGUCCUGGAGUUCCUCAUCAGCAUCACCACUGCUGCCUUUGGGUGUGCCACUAUGUGCAGGAAUGCCUACAGUGAAACGACUGUGGUGAUUUUUCAGAAGACAGAUGAGGGUAUCACUCCUGCUUCAGCUCUCCCAAGGCAAAUGUACGAGAAUGUGGAGGCCUGAAAGUGUUUCCCUCCUAUUGUUUUCCCAGCCGAGUCUUCUGUAAGCAGCAGCAGAAGUUUGUUUUUGUUUUUUUCAUUUGCAAAAUAUUUUUCAUGAACCAUCAUAUGGGCUGUUUUUGUUAAAUAAAAAGCAC